AUGUCGAAAGUUGAACAGACGAAUCCAAGAGAGUUUCAGAUCAACCAGUUGAGGCGGCGCUUCCGCCCUCAAGAAAGCGGCGAUGAUCUGGGAUCGACUCUAACCUUUGGCUUGGCUCCGUCAGAUCCGGAUUUUCCAUUUGAGCUGGACAGCUUGCAAUGUGUUCUUCAUGUCCCUUCUUCAUACCCAGGGAAAGGGCGACCGGCGCUGCAGGUCACGAACUCCGAUAUGGCACCCGAGUUCCGAGAAAACGUUGCCAGAGGGUUUGAUGACAUUGUCGACUUUACCUUGCGGACAAGUGGCCAAGGGAAUCUGCUCAAUUGGAUGAAGGCUCUGGACAGACAGCUCGAGCGUUUGCUUACAACCCUCGAAAGGGGCCCAAAACUGAAAUUUGUCGCAAAUAUCGGUGGUAGCACUGGGGCUGCAGGCUCUGAAAACGCUCAAAUCCGACUUCCAGUAUCGCACACCACAACAGCAGCGCCGAAGGUUGCAACGGAAGCGCCAAAACCAAAACCGCCACCUGCGAAACCCACUUACACAGCUGAAGAGAGAGCCCAGGCUGAGAAACGACGGGCAACCGAAACCAAGCAGAUUGAAGCUCGGUUAGGGAGACUUCCCAUGUUUCAGAAAAGGCCAGAUGGAGUCUCUUUCGUCGUCCCCAUUCAGCCGACCAAACAAGACCGUCUACCCCGAACACUUCAAGCUGUCAAGACCGUGAAGUUGCUGGUUCCCCAACUAUAUCCGUUGGAACGUAGCUCUAUUGAGAUACAAGGAGUCGACAGCACCGAGGCAAGAUCAGCGGAGAUGGGAUUUGCGCAAUGGAUUGAGCAGAAUUCUCAAUUGAAUUUGGUGUCUCAGAUCAACUACUUGGCCAGCAACCUGCAUAAUUUUGCCAAAACGCCACUUCCCGAGGAGCCUGAAGAUGUGCCCUUACCAGUCUUAGAAACCGUUGAUGAACCCACCCAAGCUCCACCCGUCCAUGACGGUCUGGCGGCAGAUACAGAAGAUCGACCACAUUUACAUGUCAUCCCGCGGCCGCCUGAAUGGUCUGUUCCAGAUGGAAACAGUGACGAUGAAACCACAGAAGAAUCAAGUUAUGACGAGGACUCCUUCGAAGAAGAAGAAGAAGAGGAAGAGGAGGAUGGUGGCGCACCUGUCCCUGCAAUCGUGGACAAGCCUCCUGGCAAAGGUGUUGCUCUGUCAUUUCCUUUCCUGGAGCUGUACGGCAUCGAGCUAUUGGAGCUUACCAAUCUUUAUAUCACGGUCAAAUGUGAACGAUGCAAAGAACCACUCGAUGUGAAGAAUGUGCCGCAGGCCAAGGAUGAGAAGGAUGUUUCGCCAAAGAUGGAAUCGUGCAAGAAAUGCGCUAAUCCCAUGAGCAUUGGUGAGUCCAAUUAA